UAACGGGGGUUUCCGGAAUAACCUAAAAAUCUUUACAGAAAUAAACAAGAUAUAAAAACAGAUUUAUAUUCUAAAAUUCAUAUUGAAAUGUCUUUAGAUACAGACGAUGAAUUCGCAGAUUUUAAGGUUCCUCCAAUCUUCGAUGAUUUAAAUGAAAGAGUAAAAGGAUACCUUUUGAAACCUGAGAGGCUUUCGAUUCAUAAGUGGGAGAGGUCGCAGACCCAUUGGCAUCGCAAGUCCGAUGUUAAUUCUCUGUUUACGAUAGAUGAUGACGAAAUUGGACCUGACACGACCCUCGAGGUGGUCCGAGACCCAAUAACAGGUGAAAUAGUUGGUGUUGAAGAAGUGAGUAUACCAGUAGAGGAUGAUGAAGAUAGCAUGUCCAUGUCACGGGCCCCCCUGCCUCCCAGUCUGGCCACCAGGGGGACCACGACUCAAAGUCCCUUCUUACCUGCGGGAUUUGAGGAAGAACUUGACAGAAUGCUCAAGGAAGUCGCACAAUUUGAAAAGAUUGAUAUUGAUUUGGAGAAUGAUGAGCCAGGAAAGUUUUUGGGAGAAGAUAUUCUUACGAUCCCACCUGGUUGCAAAGAAGGUGUGUUAUUCCACGAAGAUGGCAUGACUGUCUUGAACCAUGAAAACAAGGAAGAGACAGAGAAAGUGGAUGAUGAAGAAAAAGUGGACAUUCAAAUUAAAAUUAAUUUGGAAGAAGUUGUGGAUAAUAAUGCUCAUUUAGUUGGUAUGUAUAAACAUAUGCAUUUUCUUCAGAAAUAUGAAUAA